GUGUGCGCGUGAUUUCCACAGGUCUGUGCAGAAAAAGCUCGAGCUGAUUACUCAAAGUUGUGCGUAAUAACAUACACAACUCUGCGUGGCACCAACCUGCAAUCAUGGAAUCGUAAACCAGUGUUCUAGAGGCUUUUAAUUCCAGGAUACAGGUGCUUUCAGACACACCAAAUCGUAUUAUCAGGUGGAAGGUCUGCAGAAAACUUUGAUUAGUCAACGAAACAUGUGGAUCUACGCAAGUAUUUUCACAUAUGUGCUUCUUUUGGCGAAGGAUGCAAUAGCUAUUAAUAAGAUUUUUGGUGAGACUGAGCCGGUCAGGAUGACUUCUGAGGGCUCAGACUGCCGCUGUAAGUGUGUGAUGCGGCCGUUGAGCAUUGAGGCAUGUGCAAGGCUCCGUGACGGAAGCUUGCGUGUGGAUGAUUUUUACACCGUGGAGACGGUGAGCUCAGGCUCUGACUGUAAAUGUUCCUGCACGGCUCCUCCCUCCUCACUGAACCCAUGUGAGAACGAAUGGAGAACAGAAAAACUGAGGAAACAAGCUCCUGAACUACUCAAGCUCCAUUCUAUGGUGGAUCUGCUGGAAGGAACAUUGUACAGUAUGGAUCUGAUGAAGGUCCAUGCUUACAUGAACAAGGUCGUGGCUCAGAUGAACACAUUAGAAGAGACCAUGAAAACAAACCUCACUCGAGAGAAUGAGUUUGUGAGGGACAGUGUUGUGAAUCUGUCCAAUCAGCUGAAGCGGUAUGAGAACUACUCUGACAUCAUGGUCAGCAUCAAGAAAGAGAUAUCCAGCCUGGGACUACAGCUAUUGCAGAAAGACACAGCCUCUGAUAAUAAAGCACAGGGUACAGAGAUUAAAAAGUCCAAGGAGGUUGUAAAACCACCCAACAAGAAACCCCCAGCUGCCAAACCUCCACCCAAACAGCCUAAAGACAAACCUGUCAAGCCCAAGAAAGAGGCCCCAGCCAAGCCAUCUAAACCUGCAAAGCCACAUCCCACCACCAAAUCCAAGUCCUUGGGCCAGACUGGAGUCAUCAGGGGCAUCACCUACUACAAAGCGUCUAAGGUGGAGGACACUGAAUCACAUUCAGCGGGGAGAGGAGAGAGGGAAAACCCUGCCAAAACCCAUGCUGUCCACCAAAGCGAGGACAAAAGGAGUUCAGAGCUUGUCUUGGAAGCCUCUGAAAAAAUUUCGAAUGUAACGCCAAUAUCAACCACCAAUAUGACCAAGCUCAAUGCUGUGACAACAACAAGCACCACUCAAGCAACCACAAGUGAUGAAGCGCUCAUUACAAACUCCACCCUGUCCACACCAGCACCAGAGAUAUCAGCGGUCACAGAUACGGCAGGACUGAAUGCUAAAGAAGGAAAACUCAAUUUAGAAAAGACACAAUUACACAAAGCAGAUAAAUCUCUUAACUGUGAAGGCACCAUAGCAUCAGUGGAGAUGCCAGAGAAACAUCACAGUUAUGGACGGAAUGAGGGAGCCUGGAUGAAAGACCCAGUGGCCAAGGACAACAAGAUCUUUGUGACAAACUACUACUAUGGUAACAACCUGGUGGAGUUCCGCAACCUGGAGAAUUUCAAACAAGGUCGCUGGAGCAACCUCUACAAGCUCCCCUACAACUGGAUAGGAACUGGCCAUGUGGUCUACAAUGGUGCCUUCUAUUACAACAGAGCUUUCACCAAAAACAUCAUCAAAUACGACUUGCGAAUGCGCUACGUGGCAGCCUGGACUCUUCUUCAUGAUGCCGUCUAUGAAGACACUACGCCCUGGAAAUGGCGAGGCCAUUCUGAUAUCGAUUUCGCUGUAGAUGAGAGCGGCCUCUGGGUGAUCUACCCAGCACUAGAUUACGACUACUCGCAACACGAAGUCAUCGUAAUUAGCAAGCUGGAUCCAGGUGAUCUCUCCAUGAAGAAGGAGACCACAUGGAGGACUGGGCUGAAGCGCAACUCAUAUGGAAACUGCUUUAUUGUGUGUGGAGUGCUAUAUGCCAUUGACGUCUACAACCAGAAAGAGGGCGAGGUUUCGUAUGCCUAUGACACGCACACAAACACGGAUGCUGCUCCUCGUUUGCCAUUCACGAAUGUGUAUGCCUUUGUGACACAAGUGGACUAUAAUCCCAAAGAGAAGGUGCUAUAUGCCUGGGACAAUGGCCAUCAGCUUAUAUACAAUGUACACUUCGUAGGCCAGUGAAAUUUUGUGUCUAAAAUCUGACACCGUUUAAUCCACAAGUGUUUGUGGACAAGUGGGACAUCUUCUUUAAUUGGACUUGGUGCAUAGGGACAAACAAUUGGUACUUAUUGAAUUAUUUCUGUUAAAGUUGAUGUGUGUAAUUUUUUGGGAUGUUAACAUGCUUUCUCUGAUCCCAGCUAUAUAUACCGUGUCAGCUAUAAGUAAGGCUGAUUCCUCGAAAAGUGUAAAUACUGUGGCUAUGUGACGCUGUCAAAACAUAUUUGGAGGUGGGACCAAUGGCAGACGGAUGGAGCGUUUUUUUUUUUUAUUGCAAUUCGUAUUGGUGACAGUAGUGGCACAGAAAUUACACACCUCACACUAAAUUCUAAGUGCUUAUAGUUUGGAAAUACAUUUUUUACCCUGAACAAAAAUUUUCCGAAUUUUGGAAGUUCGGAAAAAGGAAUUUAGGGAGAUGUCUCAUUUAAUGUAACUCAGUUCAGGCCCCAAACUUUUACCACUUUGUACUGUUUAGCAACUCGAAGAUAUGAACAAAUAUUACAGGUGGUAAAACAAGGGUAACCAUCUUAUAUGUCUUUAUGCAGUAAUACUUUUUUAAUUCAGAAAUGUCAUUGAUAAUUUUUUUGACAUGGUCAUUUUAAAUGGGAUUUUUAUUUUUAUGUACAUUUCUUUAUUUUCAGUUAUUGACGUAAAAAUAUGACAUUUUCAGUGUAAAUAUUUCCAAGAAUUGCAACCAAGUUGUGCUAUUCUUAUAUUAAGUCUCAGAUCUAUCAACCCCAGAUAUUUAAGAUCAUAGUCAUUCAAUGUAAGUGAUUACUUAUUAUUAUUCCUGGAUUAGUUACAUUUUGCUGUUUUUUUUUGUUGUUUUUUUACAUUUACAGUAUGUGCAGAUUUUGAUUGAAAAAGCUGAAAUAAACUC